UUAGCCAUUUAAAUCAGCUGUGUUGGAUCAAGCACAGGUCUAAAGGACGCCCUCGAGGCCUGGAGUUGAACCCCUUCCUGCCUAAAAGCUUUUACCACUAAAGUGCGAAAGUUAGUUAUUACAAUUUCAGGCAGUCCUGUUUUAUAUCCAUAUAUAUGUUAUAAAUCCCCAUAUUUACUUAAUGUAAAAAAAAGCAAUAAUAAUAAUAAUAAUAAUAAUAAUAAUAAUAAUACACGGGGAAAAAACGAGCUGGUUGUGUUUGUGUUGACCCCGCCCUCUCGAGCCGGAGGUCAGGUGAUAGCGGCCAGGCCCGGGUGGAGAUAUCGAGCGUACCCUUCUCUCGGAGCAGAGCGUCGGGAUGCAGGCUAGCUCCGUUAACGGGGACGCUUUAAUUCACGCUUUUCCGCCCGUCGGAGGAGGUGACAUAAGAUACCGAGAGGAGGCGGAGGUCAGGGCCGAGCCGAGCUAACAGGAGCCGGUGUCUCUCUGUGCGGCGGGAAGCCCGGCUCCGAGGUCUGUUUGUUGUUUAGCUUUAGCCGUCUGAGUUAGCUUGCAGCCUCUGGCCGCUAACGGUUCACCGGGAGGAGACAGCGGCCCCCGCCCACAGACACGGCCCGGCCCCCGUGAUGGACGGAGGAGCCCCGUUGUAGGAGCAACAGGAUGCGCUAGCGGAUGUAGUUAGCAUCGGGCCUGAACACAGCACAUCUCCUCCUCCUCCUCCUCCUCCAUCCCUCCUUCCUUCCUUCCUUCCUUCUCUCCUAGCUGUGUCCUCUCAUGAUCACCAUGGAGCCGGCCCCCCACCCGCUGCCUCACUUCCCAGAGAACUCCUAUAAGAUGACCGAAGAGGAUGUGAAAAGGCUGAUCGAGUUCAGGGCAUCCAACGAGGCCCUGUUCACAGGGAAGAGGAACUCUGCAAAGAUAGCCUGGAGGUAUGAGCCCGCCUGCUCCUGGACUCACCUGAGCAAGCGACAGCACCAUCCUGAAAGGCCUCGGUCUGGAAGGGAAGCUGACGGCGGACCAGAUCGCCAAGAAAUGGGACAACCUGCGGACAAAAUAUAAGGACCUGAAGCAGCCAUACCAGGGCCAGGACCACAUGGGGGGCGUUGUGGAGUCGUGGCCGUGGUUCCACAUCAUGGAUGAAGCCAUGCAGGGUCGCCUCUACAACAGCAACCUGGUGCUGAGCCCAGAGACCGCUGGCAACGCUGGUCACCGUGGCAACUGCCAGCCCAAUCAGAACCAGGAGAACACCGACAUCCUGGAGUUCCUCAUCAAGACGGAGAUGGAGGACACGGUGGCAGCUGAAACAGCAGCGGAUGAUGGGGGGGUUCACACGGAGGCUCCGCCCCCUGAGGGCAUCCCGAUGGGCUGGAGGAGGAUGACCGAGUGCUCGUAUAAAAUGAGCGAACAAGAAACUGAGAGGAUGAUCAAACUUCGAGCAGCCAACGAGGCGCUCUUCACUGGCAGGAAACAUUCAGCCAAGCCGGCCUGGAGAGCGAUUCUCUAUGAGCUCGGCCUUCAGGGCAAACUGACCACAGACCAGCUGGCCAAGAAGUGGGACAACCUGAAGAGGAGAUACAAGGAGCUGAAGUUUCCCGCUCGAGGCGUGGAGACCAACCCCAGCUCCUGGCCCUGGUUCUACAGAAUGAACGACGCCAUGGAGGGACGGUUCGCUGGCGCCGCGCCCAUCCUCACUCCCAUCGUGGAGGAUGAAGAUGAGGACUGCGAGUCGCUGUCCCCGACACCCAAGAAGCGAGCCCGCCGGAGCCGAGGCGGGAUGGCCGAGUUUCUGACGGAGUCUGAGAUGGACCUGCUGGUUGAUAACGAGGACAAGAACGGAUCGGCGGCUCUGGGCGAGCUGCACCGGAUGGGCGAGUUCACCUACAAACUGAGCGAAGACGACACAAGGCGACUGAUCGAGCUGCGAGCUGCUAACGAGUCUCUGUUCACCGGCAGGAGGAACACUGCCAAACCGGCGUGGAGGGGAAUAGUGAAGGAGAUGGGUCUGACAGGGAAGAUAACACCUGACCAGGUUGCCAAGAAGUGGGACAACCUGAAGACCAAAUUCAAGGACCUGAAGUUUCCUCCUCGGGGGAUGGAGGGUCAGACCAACCCGGCCUCGUGGCCCUGGUUCCAGCUGAUGAGCGACGCUCUGGAAGGCCGUCUGACGGGCAAAGCUCCCCGAGUGACGCCCGUCUGGACCAACGAGGAGGACGGCGUGUUCGGCUCGUCCCCGCCUCCCGACAGAGACUGUUUGAUGGCGGAGAGGAGCAGCGUGUCGGAGCUGGAGAGCAUGGUGGGCGGAGACAACGCGGAGUCCGACGGGAACGUCACCUACAUCGACGCCAGCGGAGAGGAGUGUUCGACGCCCUCCGACCCGACGUAUAAAAUGACCGACCAGGACACGAGGAAGAUGAUUAAACUUCGAGCCGCUAACGAGGCGUUGUUCACCGGGAGGAGGAACGCCGCCAAAGCCGCCUGGAAAGCCAUCCUGAAGGAGCUCGGUCUGCAGGGGAAGGUCUCCACCUACCAGAUGGCGAAGAAGUGGGACAAUCUGAAGAGGCGGUACAAGGACCUGAAGUACCCUCCUGUCGGGAUGGAGACCGUGGCAGACGGCGCCUCCUCCUGGCCGUGGUUUCACCUUAUGAACGAAGCCAUGGAGGGCCGGCUGGCGAGCAGCGCCCCCCUCCUGGCCCCCGUCACUCAGGACGAUGAUCAGCACCCGGACCCCGCUCCCAGACUCAGGCCCCGCGCCACCCCCGCACCUCCCCCUGCCCCACCGCCCUCCCGCCCGUCCUCCUCAGACUACGCGCCGGAUGCAUUCGGAGAUGGCGCAGAGCAGAACCAGCGGAGCUCAGAGACAUGCGACGGGCCGCUGGGGGGGCUGGAGAGGGAGUGGGAGAUGGUGGAGAGGGAGAGGGCGGCGCUGGAGCGAGAGAGAGAGAUGGUGGAGCGAGACAGAGCAGCGCUGGAGAGAGAGAGGGCGGCGGUGCAGGCGGAGAGGCUGUGGCUGGACCGGGAGCGGGCGGCAGUGGAGCGGGACAGAGCCAUGGUGGAGCAGGAGAGGGCGGCGCUGGGCCGGGACAGGGAGGUGCUGGACCAGAGGGCGCUGAUGCUGAACUCUGUGGGACACUCGGGGCACCUCAACGCCCUCAUGUAGACCGCCGGUGCGGUGUGGGGGCGUGGACUAUCCCUGUACAGACCUCGUGGCGGGCUGGCAAACCGCCUGCUUGUCUGUGGGUCCAGACUCUGGAUCCACAGAAGGACUUCUGUGAAGGACUGAGCUCGCUGAGUGGGCGGUCCUGGGAUCAGACGGCUCUGCGUGCAGGUCCAUAAUAAUCAGAAACAUCACCUGAGUCAGGUGUGGCUGACGUCGUGUUCUCAGGCGGCUGCCGGGCCGCCUUUGGAUCUCUGAGCUGUUCAGCCGGGGGAGGAGGAGGAGACCCAGCGCGGCGGACGCUCGGAUCUCGGCAGCAGUGAUGAAAACGGUCCGGCACUGCCUGAGAACACGACCUCACUGUGGAGGCCGGUCGGUUUGGUUUUCAUUGGACGUUCUGGAAGCGCCCUCCUGGGAUGCUGACUGGUUACCAGGAGCGCUGCACAGAGUCAGGCAGGACUUUUGUUUCUGUGUUUAAUGAAAGUUCAUCAAGUUAAACUCGUUUCCAUCCUCAGUGCCACAGAGUGUUUUCUUUCUUCUCUUUGAGGAACUGAAAGGGUUCUGCAGGGUUCAUCGGGAAUAGUGAAAACUGAAGCAGGAACGGGCUGUUCCCGGGAAUCCCUCACUGUGAUCACACUCGUGUAAGAUGAUGCUUGUGUGCUUGAAGUGUCCAGACGAGCCUUUAAUUUAAACAAAACACCAAUUUGUGACUGAUGCCACUCAAACUGCACUGAGCAGCCGGAUUUCAAAAUAAAAGCUCCAGAGGGAUUUUACGAGUUCUUCACAGUGAUGGAGGGGGGGGCGGGGGGGGGCAACGACUGACUUUACUAAACAUUUUCAGGACAAAUGGUUUCACUAAUUACACAAACUGGGAGGUGCAGCCCUGAACAUCCUGUACUCGGGUGCAGGGUAGCUGAACUCGUAGACCUCGGCAGAUUUCCUUGUUGCUGCUGAGCUCUGAUCAGCACACCUAUCUACACCUGUCUACACCUGUCUACACCUAAACACCAAUCCCAUCUUUACACCUACAGCCUCUUUUCUGCUUUGGUUUUUUGCUUGCACAUGUCCUACACUUACCGCUGAGCCUGCACACAAAUAUUUAAAGAUUCUCAUCAUGGGAAAAAUGUAAAUUGUAAUCAGAUUACUCUGAAUUGCAUGAUUACAUGGCGUUACGCCGGCGUUCAUCACUUAGAGGACAGUAAAGUUGGUGCCUUGAUUUUAUUUAAAUCCUGACGGCGACUUCCUGCCCCGAGGACGUCGUUUCCAUAUGAAAAACAGAUGCGAGCACCAGACGCCAUCGAAGCUGCUGCAGGUCUGUGGUCAUGGCGUGCGCCGACUGAAGCCUCUGUGAGUAAAACGGGUUUGGCGAGUAUGUCCUGUUUAAAUGAAGCCAGGUGUUACAAAUAAGAGGGCGCGUAACAGGGCCCUCAGCAGGCUUCCAGAAAUUAACCAAUCAGAAGCUGGAUUCCUGUUACAGCAGCCAAAAUAUUAAGUACAGCUGCGGUCAACGAUGACCGUGCUGACGGGUUAGUGGACACGGGAGGUUUUACACCAGUGUAACCAGUAAACUGUGCGUGUGUGUGUGUGUGUGUGUGUGUGUGUGUGUGUGUGCGUGCGUGCGUGCGUGGGGGGAGUAACCCCGACCUGAGUCUGCGCUGCUGUCAUCUACACAGAUUUAUUCGGCCGGCCGUUUAAGCCUCUUAACUUGUUAUUGACGAGGAACCAAAUGUGUGUUUACAUCUGUGUGACAGGACGAGGAAGCGUCUGCUGCUCGGUCAGAGGUCAGUCUGUCACAUGACACGGUCAUUUACAUAACCAGGCCAUUCAACUUACCGUUAAUAAUAAUAGAGAGGCAGGUCCAUUCUAAUGAUGAGAGGACUUUUGUCGGCCUGCAGGUGUUUCGUGUGUUUCUACUAACCGUGACGUUAUCUUGAUGAGUCUAGCGUCCUCGCUUGAGGGGGGCGGAGCUGUUCUGAUUGUUUUAAAAACUCUUUUCUCUGUCGUUUUGUGUGAACUUGCUGAAGGAGGAACAAUAACGACUUGAAUCGUGUUUGAAAAGUGAAACUGAAGCGCGUCGAGGGUUUGAUGUCGGGGAUGUUCUCAAAUGUAAGUCGCCGCCUGACGACCACACUAACGUUGAAGCACAUUUCUGUCUCCAGCUUUUCAGUGUUAAAGAGGCUGCAGGUCAUGUGACCUCUGUGGCACUGUCAGGUUUUCUAUAGAAAACGUAAAACAUGCCUUUUGUUUGCCGUUUGUCUCCUGGAGGAAAUAAAGAUCAGCAUUGAUUAAAAA